AUGUCUGCGAAUGCUGAAUCAAAUAUAAAGUCCAUCAUGGAAGAGAUUGCGCAACUUAAAGCGCAAUUGGCCGAAAAGGAAGUGCUUCUCUGUGUAGAAGGGGGCGUUAUUUCCAAAAAGUCAAAGAAAAAGGGUCAGGAGAGCAAGAUCGACACAGAGCCUGUACAAGGUUGCCGCGACUUCCCACCAGAAGAAAUGCGCAUGCGCAAGUAUCUCUUUAACGCAUUUCACACAACGGGCCAGACGUUUGGCUUUGAGGAGUACGACGCACCUGUUCUGGAGUCCGAGGAGUUGUACAUCCGUAAGGCAGGCGAGGAAAUCACGGAGCAGAUGUUCAACUUCGUUACGAAAGGCGGCCAUCGCGUGACGUUACGGCCGGAAAUGACCCCUACCCUCACCCGCAUGCUCCUCGCCAAGGGGCGCUCCCUCCUGUUGCCCGCGAAGUGGUACUCUAUCCCACAAUGUUGGCGCUAUGAGACCAUCACGCGAGGUCGCCGUCGCGAGCACUACCAGUUCAACAUGGAUAUUGUUGGAGUGAAAAGCAUCGCAGCGGAGGUGGAGUUGGUGUGUGCCAUCUGCUUUACGAUGGAGCAGCUGGGGCUCACGAGCAAGGAUGUCGGCAUCAAGGUGAACUCCCGCAAGGUGCUACAGACCUUCGUCACACAGGUUGGCGUGUCUCCCGAGCUGUUUGCCCCUGUCUGUAUUAUCGUGGACAAGAUGGAGAAGCUUCCUCGUGAGGAAGUGGAGCAAGAGCUGGCGAAGCUCGGACUUUCUCCGAAUAUUAUCGAAACCAUCACAAGCACUCUUAAAAUGGGGUCUCUGGAUGAAAUUGCUGAAAAAAUCGGCGCCGAUCACGCGGCGGUUGUGGAGUUGAGGAGCUUUUUUGAUUUGAUUGCGGCGUACGGCUACGCAGAUUGGGUCCUCUUUGACGCCAGUGUGGUCCGUGGCUUGGCCUAUUACACUGGUAUCGUGUUUGAAGGCUUCGAUCGGGAAGGCAAAUUUCGAGCUAUUUGUGGUGGCGGAAGGUACGAUAAUCUCCUGUCACUUUACGGUAGCCCCAAUCCAAUACCAUGUGCUGGUUUGGGUUUCGGUGAUUGCGUUAUCGUAGAGCUUUUAAAGGAAAAGAAUUUGCUUCCUUCGAUCCCGCAGAAGAUGGAUGAUGUGGUUAUUCCAUUUGAUGAGUCCAUGCGUCCUGCAGCACUCAAGAUACUCAAGGCUUUACGUAGUCAGGGUCGCUGCGCUGAUAUCAUAAUGGAAAAGAAGAAGAUCGUCCAGGCCUUCAGCUAUGCUGACCGUGUUGGCGCGGUCCGUGCGGUACUUGUGGCCCCAGAUGAAUGGUCCAGAGGAGAAGUUCGAGUAAAAAUGCUCCGUGAGGGGGGAGGAAAAGAUUCUAAUGAUCGCGGAAUAUCGAUCAAGUUCGAUGAUUUAUAA